CUGGGUGUAGAUAAUAAUUUGGUAUGUGGCCCGUAUGUCUAACCUUAAACUUGUGACGGGCAACAGAAGUUAUUUUAAAUAUGUUGCGCUCUAAAGACGCUGCGAGAGAAUGUUGUACUCCGCUCACCGAAUCUCAAAAAUUGAAAGUCCUGGCGAUUCACGGCUAUCGACAAAACGCCGAGACCUUCAAAGCGAAAACUGGAUCUUUUCGGAAAAUCGUACACAAGUGGGCGCAAUUUACCUACAUAACGGCGCCCCACAAGGUUAUUCUUGUCGACGAUAUGCGCGCCACGAAGGAUCCCAACAUCGGACAAAGCAAAGAUGAAGAACAGUACGGAUGGUUUUUUAACCGAGAAGACAAAACAUUCCGAGGUAUAAGGAAAGGGGGUCCCGCGAUAGGUUUUCAAGAAAGUGUGGAAAUGAUUGAGGAAAUAUUUCUCAAGGAAGGACCCUUUGACGGGUUACUCGGGUUCUCGCAAGGAGCCUGCUUUGUAGGGCUCCUUUGCGAUCUACAACAGAGGGGGCUGACGAAAAACAUAAGAUUUAGUUUUGCCAUUUUGGCGUCUGGUUUUAAAUCAGGGGCGUUGCCUCACUUGAAGUAUUAUACAGAAAGGAUAACUGUGCCAACUUUGCACAUAUUUGGCGAAACUGACGAGAUCAUUCCGACAGAGAUGAGCGAAGCACUGAGUAACUGUUUCGAGCAUCCCAUUGUAGUCAGGCACAAAGGUGGCCACUAUUUACCGGCCAACGCGGAUCAAAAGAAACCCUACCAGCAGUUUUUUAAAAUCCACCACCCAUUUAAGCUUAAGAAAGAGGAUAUAGAAAGUGGCCGCAGAUAAAAAUUUUAGAUUAAU